UUUCAAUACACUGACAGAGAGAGAGAGAAUGAAGGGGGAGAAGAGGAAGAGGAAAAGGGAGGAGAAGGCUGCUACCGUGCCAGAUGAUCGGACAAAGCAGGAAGAACAAGCGGAGGAGGUGGUGGAGCCGCCGCCGACAGAGGAGGAGGUGGAGGAGUUCUUUGCCAUUCUCAGAAGGAUGAGGGUGGCCGUGAAGUACUUCAAGAAGGAUGCUUCUAACAGUAAAGAUGGCGGCGAUAGGGCCCAGAACCAAGCCGUUGAUGGUGCUGAGCUUGGCGGAAAGAGGGUGGCGGAGAAUAUUGGACUGGAUCUCAACGCCGUCCCGGCGGCGGAAAGUAGUUUACUAUAAAUAAUGGGUUUUUGUUUAAUUAUGAUUGAAGUUAAAUAAUUUGUACAGCCUAACAAUAAGAUCUCAGGGUGACAAAUUUUAAUAAUUGUGUUUAUGUUUUUGUAUGUUUAGAUCUUGAAAGAUGUGGUAAUUUUGUUUGUACGAAGGUGUCUGCGUACAUACAAAUUUCCAUGUUAUUGUGACGAUUGUGUUUCCCAUAGAAGCUGCUGGUUAGGCAACAAAAAUAAAAAGAAAUGUAACAAGAAAAUAAGUCUUUUUUUUUAAAAAAAAAAAAUUGGUGAGAUAAA